UUUAUUUUGAAAGUGCUCACAGGAAGUACCGCUGCAUACUACGUGGGACUUAGCGGCUGUGGUCGCCGCUGUGUCGGCAGUCUGUAGUGACCGAAGCGCUGGAUUCAAGUGUUUGAACUCGGUCCUCUGCGGCUCAGAGACACUCAGUUCCUGCAGCCUGCAGGGAUGGACAGUGAUCUGGAUGGCUGACGGGAAAGGACGCGGACCAAUCGCAUGAUAAGAUGCUGGCUCGUAACCGCUUCCUCCUCCUGGUGGUGGUGGGUGGAGCUGCUCUGGCCAUUAUCAGUCUGAGCCUCCAGUUCUUGAACCUGAUCCCCACAACUCCCAUAGUGGAGGAGCAACCCUUCCAGGCUGCAGAUAGAGGUGCUGGGUCGGCUCUUGGGAAGAGCAGAAAGAGAGUGUUCCCAGUGCCUCACACUGAGGAGCCCAACCCCAUAUCUGAGGCCUACGGCUAUUGCAACACUCCCAACCGUACUGAACAGGCAUGGGAGGGUCACAGUCCUGCUGACUACAAGCUGCUGUCUGUCCAGGUGAUGAUUCGCCAUGGUGACCGCUACCCACUUUACUCCAUCCCCAAGACCAAACGGCCCGCCAUUGAUUGCACUUUGUCCACCAGCAGGAAGCCUUCCCACCCCUUGCUAAACACCUUCAUCAGUCAUAUGGGCCUGGGAGGGCGUGGCCAUUGGGACUCACCACUGAGCUCUGUUCCCCGUCUGCCCAACCACAGUGCCUGUGAGAUGGGAGAACUCACGCAGACCGGUGUGGUUCAACACCUGCGCAACGGGCAGCUCCUCCAUCAAGCCUACAAGCGCCACAAUCUCCUCCCCUCUGACUGGUUGCCCCGCCAGGUGUGGGUUGAGACCACAGGUAAGAGCCGCACUCUCCAGAGCGGUUUGGCAUUCCUCUAUGGCUUCUUACUGGACUUUGAUUGGACGAAACUGACUGUGCGGCACCAGUGGAGCACUUUGUUCUGCGGCUCGGCAUGUGACUGCCCCGCCAGGAACAGAUACCUGGAGGAAGAGCAGAGGAGACAGUAUCGGCUCAGAGUGAGCGAUACUGAACUUGAGAGGACUUACGUGGAUAUGGCACGGACUUUGGGAUUGCUCACCCGCCAACUCCGAGCUGCAAACCCUAUAGACUCCUUGUUGUGCCAUUUGUGCCAUGGCAUCUCUUUCCCAUGUGUUCCCAUGGGAGAAGGUGGUACCAAGGCAUGUCUGACAAUGGCGCAGUUUGCUGUGAUUCGACGACAGCAGCUAGAUGAUGAAGUUGAUCGGAGAAGAGUGGGGCUGUACCGUAAAUAUGCCAUCCUGGCCAUGUACCCCUACCUUAACCGAACUGCCACCAAGAUGGAGCGUGUGGCCAGGGAUAAUGAGGCUGGCCGACAGUCGCGCGCAGGAGGCGAGGAGGUCUUCACCCUCUCUUCAGCACACGAUGUUACCAUGGCCCCGUUACUGAGUGCCCUGGGACUGGAGGAAGCAAGUUUUCCACGGUUUGCAGCAAGAGUAGUGUUUGAACUGUGGAAGAGUCCACCAGUGAUACAAGGGCAGCUGAAGAAGAGAGCCAGCAAAGGUGAGAAGUCGAAAGUGAAAGACGGGGAACUGUUCAUCAGGGUGCUGUACAACGGUGAGGAUGUGACAUUUCACACCACCUUCUGUCGCUCCCAUGACCGCCGUGCCAGUCAGCCACUCUGUCCUCUGAAGAACUUCCUGUCUUUUGUCAGGAGAGACAUGUUCAGCCUUGUCAAUGCUACUUCCUACCAGGAGGCCUGCUUCAGGCGCCCUGGUUGACAGAUGGAGAGGAGGGUGACUGAGUACAGAUGCAGAGCUGGCAGAUGGUUGUACUUCCCUUGACUUUUAGUUGUUUUCCACUUUUGAAGAUGGUGCACUUUUUAUGCUUCUCAUAUUGUCUUAAAAUUCCACAUAUUUUGAAAUGUUUCUUUGACAUUUCUGAGCACAAAGUGAGUUCACAACACACACUGCUGUACAUUACACAAUAGUCAGAGGUGUCACAUUUCCAACCUUUCUACAGAGUUUGACGUUCCUUUUUCAAUAUUGUAUGUUUUCUAUAGCAAAUCUGAAGGAGAUAAUUCAAGGGAAGUUGUAUGGCACUUAGCCACUUUAUUCCUACAUUCCAUAAUACCAUGGAAUUGUGAAAUUCCAGCAUUCCCAAAUUUUUGCAAGAAAAGGGAAUAUCAAAGCUGGAAAACUUAUGCUGGAUUAAACAUUCCUGGAACAUAUUUUGUGUAGUAAAUCUUUUCGAUGAAAAUUACACUUUGGGCUAGUUUGGCCCACAUUACUCUGUAUGAUUCAUUAGUCACUAAACAUUCUUAUGGGACUUAAUGUUUAGUCAUUUCAGUGGGCUGUCUGUUUAAUGGUAUUUCUAUCCUGAUGAUUUGUUUUAGUAAAAUUGUCUCUGGUACUUGAUAAAUGAUAGGUGUUUUUUUUCUUGCAUUAAUUUACAACUACAGUACAUCUGUAUUUAUAUUCAUUGGUAAUAAAAACCAAUCACAUUCCACAUAUAAUUUGUGUUUGUUGGUAACUGAGUUAAAUAAAGGUUCUGUAUGAGCAGA